AAUUUGACAACUAACACCUGAACGCAGACGAGGACAAAAGACACCAUCAACUAUGUUUAUUGUACAAAAGAACGACGAAUAAACUCGAAUUCUUCAAUAGUUAAUUUUAAAGAAUCAACAAUAAACUACAUUUUAAUCACGCUCAAACAAAACUUGAUCGAAUAAUACGGUGAAAAUUUCCAAAGCGAUAACCUGCACGAUGUUGUUGUUAGACCAAUAGACGCGAACAACGUGAAUUUUGCAACGCAUUUCACAAGCUGCAGUAAAUAAAAGGCUUCAGCGAAACACAAAAAACCCCGUUCGUAUUUUGAAGAGUGACCAAAUUUGUGACGACCACAACAUGUUUAUUCACGAUUUAAAAAGCGAUUUUUAUAAUAUUUUACGCGGCAAACGAAUUUUGGUGAUUGUUAACUAUGACAUCGACGCAAUAUGUGCGAGUAAAAUUCUGCAAACGCUAUUUCGCUACGAUCACAUGGUGUAUUCAAUUGUGCCGAUCAUGGGAAUUGCUGGACUAAAGCGUGCUUAUGACGAGAAUAAAGGCGACGUUAAAUAUGUGCUGUUAAUCAAUUGUGGUGUCUGUUUGGAUAUUGUUGAAUUGUUGCUACCAGAUGAAGAUGUUACUUUUUUUAUAUGUGAUUCACAUCGACCGAUGGAUGUUUGUAAUAUUUACAGUGAUUCUCAGAUAAAAAUAUUCGGCGAACCAAGCGGUGAGGAGGGAAUUCCUACAUUCGAUGCACUGUUUCGUGACGAUGACGAUAGCGAAGAUGAAAACGGCGACGACGAUAAUUCGGAUAAAGAAAAUGGAGAAGCUUCAAAUCGAGCCGAUCGAGUCGAACAACAAAUACUGAAACGACGAGAGAAGCGGCAAUGGGAGGAGAAUCGCAAUAAAAUCCUCUUCGAUUACACACAAUACAGCUAUUAUGGCCGAAGUUCGGCCAUCAUUCUAUUUGAGCUUGCCUGGAAACUGAGCCGAGACUCAAUGGAAUUGCUGUGGUGGGCAAUUGUCGGAUUGACCGAACAAUUGGUAAUGGAAAAAAUUGAGAGUAGCUCAUACGUGUUGGAAAGCGAUAAAAUUCAAUCGCAUGUAUCCCGUUUAACAAAUAAGGCGAGCGAUCAAUCGGUACAAUCGGCGAUUAAAAUUCACUUUGAAAAGGAUUUACAUUUGGCAUUGUAUCGACACUGGAGUGUCUAUGAAUCGUUGCGCAAUUCCAAGUAUUCGGCAUGCAAAUUAAAAUUGUGGACGACGCGUGGUGAGAAACGUGUUCAUGAGCUUUUAGUUGAAAUGGGAUUGCCACUUGCACAGGCCAAACAACAGUACAGUUCAAUGGAUAUGAUGUUGCGCAAUGAAUUUUAUCAAAUGAUCGAACGAUUGGCAGAAAAAUACCAGAUUGGUGACAUUGUUUAUGGUUCGUUCACCCUUCAAUAUGGUUAUCGUAACAAAUUUUCAGCGGCCGAUUUUGUGUAUGCAACCAUUGCGAUUUUGGAGUCAAUUCGAAAGGAUCGAACACCGGAACAUUGUUUUCUUGAAGCGCUCGACAGUUUAUCACGCAACAAUAAACAAAUACUCGAUGCAGGCAUUGAACAAGCAAAACAAUUUUUGUGUGCCGUUUUUAAACUUGUGCAAUCUGCACUGCAGGCCAAUCAGGUUCGAUCAGCUGGACCAUUUUUGUAUUUUGUCUUGAACGAGGAAAAUCCAUACUUUUCCUGUCCGCAUGGUCUAUCAAUUUUAGCAAAAUUUUUACUCGAAAGUUAUGUGUCGAUGUCUCGGAGUAAAAAAGCAAUCGAACAAGCAAUGAUUGUGUGUUGUCCAGUUGAUUUAGACAUGGGAAUCUAUUUGAUAAUUGGCAUUCCGCCCGUAUGUGAAGAUUCGCCGAAAAACUUUUUCGGCAAAGCAUUCGAACAAGCAGCAGCAAAUACCAGCGCAUCGGUGUCAUUAGAUUUCUUCGAAAGUUCAAUUGCCCAAAUUAGACAAAGCGAUUUAACAAAAUUCUUGGACGGAUUAACCGUUUUACUGAGCUAAUUCGCUGUAUUACCAAUUCGAAUCGUUACAUCGUUAUUUAUUUAGCAUUUUAAGACAAUCAUUUAGUAAAUACAAACAAAUAGACUUUGAUUACAAACAUUAACGUGUAACAAAUAGCCCGUGGCUUGUAUAUUUUCUAAUUUCAAACAAACUACUCUUAAGCACACAAUAAAUAGACUUUUAAGAUUUUCAUAUCAUUUC